AUGAUGCCAUCGUCCUUGUCCGCCUCUAAUGCAGCAUUGCUGCUAGUGACGCUCAGCAGCACGGCCGCCGCCGCUCUGUACAGCAACACAAGCACCCUGAACCACACAUGCCAGCUGACCGACCCCAUCCAAUCCUGCUCCGUCGCUGCGCAGCCAGGCCUGACCGAUACCUGCUGCACCGAAACCUUCGGCGGGCUGGUACUCGCCACACAGUUCUGGGACACGUACACCGGGUACGAAAGUCAAGCCCAGCUGCUGCCACAAGAAUCGUGGACGAUCCACGGGCUGUGGCCGGAUUUUUGCAACGGGUCAUACACGCAAUACUGCGACCUCAGCAGGCAGUACGACCCGGACCCGAGUCCGAAGACGACGAAUGGGCUGGCGAAUGGCACCGUCGUCCCGCCGUACAACGGCUCCGACAUCAGCAGCUUCCUCAUCCCAUUCGGCAAACACGACUUGCUGGAAUACAUGAACACCUACUGGAUCGCCCAAAACCAACCAAACUGGCACCUCUGGGCGCACGAGUUCUCCAAACACGCAACCUGCUUCUCGACCUUCGACACCCCCUGCUACGGGCCGCCCGGCGCCCACAACGCGCCGCACGCCUCCGUCGUCGACUACUUCGAGACGGCCAUCCUCUUCGACCGCCGCCUGCCGACGUACGCCUGGCUCGCCGACGCCGCCAUCGCGCCGUCCAACGGCACGCCGUACGCGCUGUCCGGCAUCCGCGACGCGUUGCGGGCCCGCUACGGGGCGGCGCCGUACGUGGGGUGCUCGGGCCCGCGGUUCAACGAGACGGCGGCGGGGGGAGGGUCGGCGGACGGCGGGAGGACCGUGUUGAGCGAGGUGUGGUAUUACGGUCAUGUUGUGGGGCGGCCGCAGGAGGGCGUUUAUCUGCCGGUCGAUGCGACGGGGGGUGGGACGAAUUGCGCGAAGGCGGACGGUGCGGUGUGGUAUUAUGAGAGGGCGCUGGGAUCGGAGAGGGUGGUGGGUUGA